UCUUUGAAAGGAAACAGCAGCAGCAGCAACAGCAACAGAAAAGGCAAAAGCUGGCUUUGCACAACAAAAAUCAUCAAACACAAUAUAUGAAUGAAAUCGCCAUCAAGCAAAACCAAUACCAACAUAAUUAGAAAACCAGAUACAGCAAUAUACCCCCCAAAGUUGAAUUGAUGGUUUUGCUCUGUUCGUUUUGUAUUUUUCUUUCAUUAAUGAAACACACAAAUACAUACAAAAACUUAUCCACACAGAUACUUCACCACUACUGCCACAAAAAGACCAAACAACAACAACAUUGUGAAGGAACGACAAAAAAAAACUCGUAUUGCCUGAUUUAUAUUUUAAAUGAAUGGUGGCUAGGGAAACAUUUUGUGUUUGGGGUUAGGUUCAUUUUGCUCUGACUCUGGUCUGGUCUUCUCUUCUCUAUUCAAAGAAGUUUUCAUUCUUCAGAUGGUUUUUAGACUUAACACGAACUGCGACUGCGAAUGUAUUUGUAGGUAUACCUCUCUAUGCGUUGUUGAGAUAUAAAACUUCAUGCAAGAGUGUUAUUUUCAAUUUCCGUUUAUUGUGCUCACACCCUCACUUCAGCACGCGGAACAGAUGUAGAAAUAAUCUUUCUAUGCUUUAAAGAUAGAAUGAGACGGCGUGCAUAUAUUCGAAUUUGUAUUUGUCAGUCUUGUUUGUUCUUUGGUGUCUUGCUGUGUAAAAUCGCGUCCGGUCGCCGUUUUCAUCGUCGUCGUUUUCGUCAACUUUAACGUCAACAAAAACAGGUUCCUACACCACACCACACACACAUAGAUACACACUCAUUUAUUCAAUUCGAUUGUGUGGGAUUAUCUGUGGGUGUAUGGUACACAGAUACAUUCGCCGCAUGUGUCCACACACAUAAUCGAGUCGAGUGAAAAUUAUUCGUGUGUAUAUUUAUCAGUCGUUUGAGAUAUUCCGCAUGGAGUAGACUGAAGUGUUGUCAUUUAAGCUUAUCUCUCUCGCAAAAGACUCUUAAAAAAAGCAAAAAAAGAAAAUAGCAAACAAUCGCAAAAUACGAACUUGAAAACGGGCGAAAAUAUCUCACAUUUUUGUAUAUUUAACUUAAUCAAUGGGUUAAAUAUUUUAUAUAACUAAAUAAAUUGUAUCUAGAUAUAAAAAAGUAGAACAAUUACUUCUAAAAUAUCUUGUUUACCGGCGAUUUAGAAUCCAGUGAAAUAAAAUAUUCUUAAAGAAAUAAGAAUAUAAAAAAAGAUAAAUUCGCCUGAUCUCUUGUGGAAUAGCUAGCGCUUGCUAUUGCCUGCCGUGUCGUUGUUGUCUACUUUUUUUUCUUACUUCUUCGUCAUUGUCGGUCGAUCGUCGGUCGGUAUUGAUCGUGUUGAAUACUAGUUCGCCGCAACAUCAGCAGCAGCAGCACAGGAAAUCACUUCGCUCACUUUACACCUUUUAGGCCUACUCUACUCUACUCUACCUUACCCACACAUACAUAUACAGCCAGCACUGCUGCAAAAUAGAGUCUACACUGUGUACCUAAAAAUUCAAUGAUCUUAAUUUUCUUAUGAUAUUGUAUUUGUAUUACAUACAUAGAUACAAAGAUACACAAUAUCAUGAUAUGUGGUAGUAUAGUAUCUUACUGUAGUAGAGAAACGGAUUGAAUUCGACCUCCUAAUGUGGUUGCCACAGCAUUCGUUACAUUUCGCUUUAAAACUUCAGCCCUCUGAAAAACAGCGAUCGCGAUCGUCGGUUUUUUUAUGAUCGGAAGAAAGAAGAACGAAUUAUUAUUAUUUUCUUUCAAAAUACAAUUAAAUUAAAUGAAAAAAUAAAUAAUUUUAAAUUAACAAAAAUACAAGGAGUGUGCCUUUUCUCAUCAACAAAUAAAGGAAACCAUUUUUAUCUAUAAAAAAAAUUCCUAUAGGCAACACAAAUAAAGUGUAGAUUUAUAAUUUCAACUUAUUUUACAUUCGUGAUCAAGAAAAAAUAGAGAAAAAACUCCCGAUCUGAUCGUGCUGUGAAGAGCAAAAAAUAAAGAAAAACACAAAAAGAUAGAUUUUUUGUAUUUAAAUUUGUAUCUAUUACCAAGAGUUGUAGAGUACUUCUUGUCUGUUGUGUGUGCGCUAUUUUUUUGUAUAAAUAAUUUUUUUUGGAUACUUACUUUUUACACUAAACAUAAACAUCCUGCAAGAAAAGAUAAAUAUAUAUAUUUCGAUAUAAUCUCACACCAUCUCUAUCUCAACAACACCAACCAUACCACCAACCAUCAUCUCGAUUCGAUUUCGACAUAAAAUAAAACGAAUUUAAAAAAAAAAGAUGCAAACCUAUCUGAUGUUAUAGAAAUUUAAUAUCUGAAAUUUAAAUUUGUAUCUACGACGCGAUUAUUAGUUAUGAGUGUCUAUUAAAAUAAAAAAAAAUGCUUAAGAAAGUAAAAUAAAAUAUUUCAAGUGAAAUUGCGGAGUAUCUAUAUGUCUAUAGAAAAAAAAUUUCAUACAAAUGAAAGAAAAAUAGAAAGAAAAUCGUUCAUCUUUCAUCUUCAAUCGUGCAAAUCUAAUGAAUGAAUGAAUUUUUUCUUAUUAUUUGGUUUUUGCUUUCGUUGCUUUCCCCUUUAAUAUAAAUCAAAAAAUUAAAAAUAGCUCAACGAGAGUUAUAGCAGUGCGCGCAUUGAAGGAAAAAAAGUAUUGAAAAAAGAAAAUUAAAAAAGUAUAAUUUUUUUUUUAAAGCAACAAAAAAAUACAAAGUGUUUGUGAUGUGCUGCCUCUUACAUUUUUUUUAUUUGUAACGAAAACCGUGAUUUAUGAUUUAAGUUCGCUUACACAAAUUUUGUACUGAGGCGAAUUUAUAAUUACAACAACAACAAAAAUUAUUUAUAUUAAGUAGCUCAAUGAAAGCAUACGUUACAAAAUAUAAUUUAUAAAUGCAAAGGAGGUAAAAAAAAUAUAAUUGAGCUAAGUGAGUGUUUGUGGAUUACUUUGCACCUACAGAAAGCUUAUUGGAUUAAAUAUUAUAUUCAUUCAAGAAAACAAAACAAAAAGUACAACAAUUCAAUUCAUCACGAUCAUCAUUGAACUUAGAUUAAAAAAAAAAAAAAAUUUACGGCGAAAUCAAAUUUUGUUGCAGCGCCAGUUUAGACUGACAUUUUUUUGGGAUUAUUUUGUUCAUGGAAAUCAAAAGGAGCAAACUGUGUGCGAAGUUUGAAUAAAACUUCCCUUGAUUGCUUUGUAAAAUAAUAAGGCAAUCCAAGUAUCUUAAUCAGACAGAAAGCCAGAGAAAGAGAAGUUCGAGAAAGAAAUAGAUAGAGAGAGAGAUAUAAAAAGGAAAGUAAAAUCUCUGCAGUUGUUUGAAAUAAAAAAAUUCCUAUAACGAAAGAAUGAAGAAGGAAACAAACAGUCUUCGGCUCUUAUACCGAGGCAUUAGGUGUUGUUAAACCCUUAACUUUAAUCGAUACAUGGAUCGCAGAAAUGGCGGCGAUCCUUUGGCGCCUCCCCGGCCCCCUAAACUAUUACCUCGUGUCCAUCGUCCAAGGGCUGCGGAGCCACCGAUGAUGAGUGCACCGCCAACAACAGUGCAACACCAGCAUCAACAGCAGCAGCAGCAGCAGCAACAAUUAUGUACAAACAAUCAUUCGAGUAGUAGAAUCAACAGCAGCAGCAGUAACAGCAACAACAACAACACAAAUAACAGUAGUAGUAAUAGUCGAUUGAAUAAUACAAUCGCCAGCAGUCGAAACAGUAAUAAUAACAGCAGUAGUAACACUGCACACCUAACGACACCACUCCUGCAACUGCAUCACCAUCAGCAACAACAACAAGAACAGCAGCAUCCUCAUACAACAGUUAGUUUAAAUCGCAACAAUAGCAAUCUAAGUAGCGCCUCAUCCACAUCAUCAGUGUCGACCACAGUGUCGUCGGUGAAUAGUUUCACACGACGAAGACCCCCACCGCCACCACUGGCAGCGGUGACGUCAUCUGCUCCACCAUCAUCAUCAUCACCCAUACUACCGCUACUUGGAGCAAGUCUUAAUCUAAAUUUAUUAAAUAAUAAUAUAAAUAUUAAUAGUAUCGAACCAGUACCAGUAUCGCCUGUCACGCUGGCGGCACCGCGACCUGAAUCGGAGCGGCUCACCAAUGAGUAUGUGGACACACCGUUUCGGACGGCGCAGCAAUUGCAGCAGGCGUCACGCAAUCAACAUCCGGCGGGUCAGCACAUCCAUGGCCAAACCACAACUCAACACAAUCUACUGUUGCUGCAGCAAAGUCAGCGGCAACAGCAGCAGCACAACCAACAGCAACAGCAGCAGCAUCAUUCGAGUCAUCAUCAAUCUAGUGGUAGCCAUAGUAAUGUCGUCGGCACCUGCGUCGUCAGUGCUGCUACGGCAGCAUCAAUACAUUCGAAUUCACGUAGCCUUAAGGGAGACGCGACAGGAGGCACGGGCACGACGCCGGGAUUUGGCGCGACACAUGCGACGUCGACGGCGCCGGCGUCGGCGACGCUGGCAACCUCACCCACAAUCACCCGCCUUCAACAGCAACAGCACCAUCGACCUAAUGCGCUGCCCAUUACCCAGCCGAUUACUAAGCAACCCGCCUCAACAACCACAUUCAAAAAGGACCUAUCCGCGUCCAUAUUUCAUGAAGAACCGCUCGACCUGCAUCACAUCGGAAGCGGCAACGCUAGUUCUGGUGGCAUCGGAAGUGGCAGUAUGGGCUCUCCUAUCGGAGGCAUCAUCCUCGGCGAUGGCGCCAUCAAUCCCAUCACAUGUCCUCGCUGCGAACGCUGUCGGUGUGAGCAAUGCCAAAGUCCAAGGCAAUUGCCACAGACCUGGGUGUGCAACAAGACGUGUCUCUGCAGUGCUGAGACCAUCAUUGACUACGCCUCGUGCUUGUGCUGCGUCAAAGCGCUCUUCUACCAUUGCGCCCGCGAUCAAGAUAUGGAAUGUGACGAUGGCGAUAGCACCCUUUGCGUGGACGACCCCUGCUCGUGUUUGCCCAACAAGCGUGCCCAACGCUGGGGCUGGCUCGGAGCACUUUCCCUGGUUCUGCCAUGCUUAUGGUGUUACUGGCCAAUGCGCGGCUGCGUUGCGAUAUGCGAAAAGUGCUAUGCACGACACGCUGGUCAUGGUUGCCGAUGCCAAGCAAUUGGCUCAACUAGCAGCAUGCUACCAAUUGUCAACAUCGGCCGAAGUGGGUCAACAGGUACCAAUGCCACAAUUGGUGGCACUAAGUCAUCGGGAAUUAGUGGGGGAGUUCAUAGCGGUAUUAGCGGAAGUGGCAAUGGCCAUCAUCAUCAUCAUCAUCACCACCAUCAUGGAGGCGGCGGCGGUGGUGGUGGAGGCGGCAACACUGGUGGCAGUGAUAUCAGUGCCGCCCGAAUACUACGCAAGUGUGACAUCACGCCCGAGAAAAGAUUGCUCGACUCAAGUCCUGAAUACUAACUCUAAAUUUUUAUAUAAAUAUUAACAUACAAAAAUUAUAUUCUGUAAAAUAAAACAAAAACAAAAAAAUAUUAUAUUUACAUUGAUAAGUAUAUAAAACACAUAAAACAAAAAUUAUUUUAAACAUAUAAAAAAAAUUAACAUUACAUUUAUGAAAAAAAAAAAAACACAAUUAAAUAAAAAAAAAAUACAAGAAACUACUGUGUAAGCCUAGGUUAUCACACUUAUAGGAAUCAAACAAAUUUAUUAAAUUAUUUAAACAAAACAAAAAAAAAAACAAAUUGGUGACUAUUUUUUCACUCUCUUUCCCCCCUCUUAACUGUUUGAAAAUACAAAAAUAAAUUACACACACAAUUUUCUGUUCAAAAAUAUUUCAUUAUUAUUAUUUUAAAUAAUAAUUAAAAAUAUUUUUUGAACAUUUUCCUAUUCUCCGCCAACAACCCCAUUCUCCCCUAAUAUUUAUCGAUUUAUAUACGUAUAUUCCCUUUCUUCUUCUUCAGCAAAAACAAAAAAAAAUCAUUCGAAAUUAUUUGUCAUUUAUGUAUAACACAUUUGUUAUACAAUGACAAGAAAAUAUUUAAAUAAAAUUAUCAACAGAACUGCAUUAUGUGAAUUAAAAGAAAAUUGUUUGUAAAGCAAAAAAAAA